AUGAACCAAGACAAUGUGAAAGCAGCGAAAGAGGCGGUGGAGAGCAUAGCGAAAGGGGGAAAUUGGCAAAGGGCUGGAGUGGGUGGAAAAGCAGGUUGGAGAGGAGGAAGGGGGGCUGGAGUGGGUGGAAAGCAUUUUGGAGAGGGGGAAGGGGGGCUGGAGUGGGUGGAAAGCAUGCAGGAGAGGGGGAAAGGGGGCUGGAGUGGGUGGAAAGCAUGCAGGAGAGGGGGAAGGGGGGCUGGAGUGGGUGGAAAGCAUUUUGGAGAGGGGGAAGGGGGGCUGGAGUGGGUGGAAAGCAUGCAGGAGAGGGGGAAGGGGGGCUGGAGUGGGUGGAAAAGCAUGCAGGAGAGGGGGAAGGGGGGCUGGAGUGGGUGGAAAGCAUGCAGGAGAGGGGGAAGGGGGGCUGGAGUGGGUGGAAAGCAUGCAGGAGAGGGGGAGGGGGGGCUGGAGUGGGUGGAAAGCAUGCAGGAGAGGGGGAAGGGGGCCUGGAGUGGGUGGAAAGCAUGCAGGAGAGGGGGAAGGGGGGCUGGAGUGGGUGGAAAGCAUGCAGGAGAGAGGGAAGGAGGGCUGGAGAGAGGGGGAAGGGGGGCUGGAGUGAGUGGAAAGCAUGCAGGAGAGGGGGAAGGGGGGCUGGAGUGGGUGGAAAGCAUGCAGGAGAGGGGGAAGUGCGGCUGGAGUGAGUGGAAAGCAUGCAGGAGAGGGGGAAGGGGGGCUGGAGUGGGUGGAAAGCAUGCAGGAGAGGGGGAAGUGGGGCUGGAGUGGGUGGAAAGCAUGCAGGAGAGGGGGAAGGGGGGCUGGAGUGGGUGGAAAGCAUGCAGGAGAGGGGGAAGGGGGGCUGGAGUGAGUGGAAAGCAUGCAGGAGAGGGGGAAGGGGGGCUGGAGUGGGUGGAAAGCAUGCAGGAGAGGGGGAAGUGCGGCUGGAGUGAGUGGAAAGCAUGCAGGAGAGGGGGAAGGGGGGCUAAAGUGGGUGGAAAGCAUGCAGGAGAGGGGGAAGGGGGGCUGGAGUGGGUGGAAAGCAUGCAGGAGAGGGGGAAGUGCGGCUGGAGUGAGUGGAAAGCAUGCAGGAGAGGGGGAAGGGGGGCUGGAGUGGGUGGAAAGCAUGCAGGAGAGGGGGAAGGGGGGCUGGAGUGGGUGGAAAGCAUGCAGGAGAGGGGGAAGGGGGGCUGGAGUGGGUGGAAAGCAUGCAGGAGAGGGGGAAGUGCGGCUGGAGUGAGUGGAAAGCAUGCAGGAGAGGGGGAAGGGGGGCUGGAGUGGGUGGAAAGCAUGCAGGAGAGGGGGAAGGGGGGCUGGAGUGGGAGAGGGGGAAGUGGGGCUGGAGUGGGUGGAAAGCAUGCAGGAGAGGGGGAAGGGGGGCUGGAGUGGGUGGAAAGCAUGCAGGAGAGGGGGAAGGGGGGCUGGAGUGGGUGGAAAGCAUGCAGGAGAGGGGGAAGUGGGGCUGGAGUGGGUGGAGAGCAUGCAGGAGAGGGGGAAGGGGGGCUGGAGUGGGUGGAAAGCAUGCAGGAGAGGGGGAAUGGGGGCUGGAGUGGGUGGAAAGCAUGCAGGAGAGGGGGAAUGGGGGCUAAGGUGGGUGGAAAGCAUGCAGGAGAGGGGGAAGGGGGGCUGGAGUGGGUGGAAAGCAUGCAGGAGAGGGGGAAGUGGGGCUGGUGUGGGUGGAAAGCAUGCAGGAGAGGGGGAGGGGGGCCUGGAGUGGGUGGAAAGCAUGCAGGAGAGGGGGAAGUGGGGCUGGAGUGGGUGGAAAGCAUGCAGGAGAGGGGGAAUGGGGGCUGGAGUGGGUGGAAAGCAUGCAGGAGAGGGGGAAGGGGGGCUAAAGUGGGUGGAAAGCAUGCAGGAGAGGGGGAAGUGGGGCUGGAGUGGGUGGAGAGCAUGCAGGAGAGGGGGAAGGGGGGCUGGAGUGGGUGGAAAGCAUGCAGGAGAGGGGGAAUGGGGGCUGGAGUGGGUGGAAAGCAUGCAGGAGAGGGGGAAUGGGGGCUAAGGUGGGUGGAAAGCAUGCAGGAGAGGGGGAAGGGGGGCUGGAGUGGGUGGAAAGCAUGCAGGAGAGGGGGAAGUGGGGCUGGUGUGGGUGGAAAGCAUGCAGGAGAGGGGGAGGGGGGGCUGGAGUGGGUGGAAAGCAUGCAGGAGAGGGGGAAGUGGGGCUGGAGUGGGUGGAAAGCAUGCAGGAGAGGGGGAAUGGGGGCUGGAGUGGGUGGAAAGCAUGCAGGAGAGGGGGAAGGGGGGCUAAAGUGGGUGGAAAGCAUGCAGGAGAGGGGGAAGGGGGGCUGGAGUGGGUGGAAAGCAUGCAGGAGAGGGGGAAGUGCGGCUGGAGUGAGUGGAAAGCAUGCAGGAGAGGGGGAAGGGGGGCUGGAGUGGGUGGAAAGCAUGCAGGAGAGGGGGAAUGGGGGCUGGAGUGGGUGGAAAGCAUGCAGGAGAGGGGGAAGUGGGGCUGGAGUGGGUGGAAAGCAUGCAGGAGAGGGGGAAGGGGGGCUGGAGUGGGUGGAAAGCAUGCAGGAGAGGGGGAAGGGGGGCUGGAGUGGGUGGAAAGCAUGCAGGAGAGGGGGAAGUGGGGCUGGAGUGGGUGGGGAGCAUGCAGGAGAGGGGGAAGGGGGGCUGGAGUGGGUGGAAAGCAUGCAGGAGAGGGGGAAUGGGGGCUGGAGUGGGUGGAAAGCAUGCAGGAGAGGGGGAAUGGGGGCUAAGGUGGGUGGAAAGCAUGCAGGAGAGGGGGAAGGGGGGCUGGAGUGGGUGGAAAGCUUGCAGGAGAGGGGGAAGUGGGGCUGGUGUGGGUGGAAAGCAUGCAGGAGAGGGGGAGGGGGGGCUGGAGUGGGUGGAAAGCAUGCAGGAGAGGGGGAAGUGGGGCUGGAGUGGGUGGAAAGCAUGCAGGAGAGGGGGAAUGGGGGCUGGAGUGGGUGGAAAGCAUGCAGGAGAGGGGGAAGGGGGGCUAAAGUGGGUGGAAAGCAUGCAGGAGAGGGGGAAGGGGGGCUGGAGUGGGUGGAAAGCAUGCAGGAGAGGGGGAAGUGCGGCUGGAGUGAGUGGAAAGCAUGCAGGAGAGGGGGAAGGGGGGCUGGAGUGGGUGGAAAGCAUGCAGGAGAGGGGGAAGGGGGGCUGGAGUGGGUGGAAAGCAUGCAGGAGAGGGGGAAGGGGGGCUGGAGUGGGUGGAAAGCAUGCAGGAGAGGGGGAAGGGGGGCUGGAGUGGGUGGAAAGCAUGCAGGAGAGGGGGAAGUGGGGCUGGAGUGGGUGGAAAGCAUGCAGGAGAGGGGGAAGGGGGGCUGGAGUGGGUGGAAAGCAUGCAGGAGAGGGGGAAGGGGGGCUGGAGUGGGUGGAAAGCAUGCAGGAGAGGGGGAAGUGGGGCUGGAGUGGGUGGAGAGCAUGCAGGAGAGGGGGAAGGGGGGCUGGAGUGGGUGGAAAUCAUGCAGGAGAGGGGGAAUGGGGGCUGGAGUGGGUGGAAAGCAUGCAGGAGAGGGGGAAUGGGGGCUAAGGUGGGUGGAAAGCAUGCAGGAGAGGGGGAAGGGGGGCUGGAGUGGGUGGAAAGCAUGCAGGAGAGGGGGAAGUGGGGCUGGAGUGGGUGGAAAGCAUGCAGGAGAGGGGGAGGGGGGGCUGGAGUGGGUGGAAAGCAUGCAGGAGAGGGGGAAGUGGGGCUGGAGUGGGUGGAAAGCAUGCAGGAGAGGGGGAAUGGGGGCUGGAGUGGGUGGAAAGCAUGCAGGAGAGGGGGAAGGGGGGCUAAAGUGGGUGGAAAGCAUGCAGGAGAGGGGGAAGGGGGGCUGGAGUGGGUGGAGAGCAUGCAGGAGAGGGGGAAGUGCGGCUGGAGUGAGUGGAAAGCAUGCAGGAGAGGGGGAAGGGGGGCUGGAGUGGGUGGAAAGCAUGCAGGAGAGGGGGAAGGGGGGCUGGAGUGGGUGGAAAGCAUGCAGGAGAGGGGGAAGGGGGGCUGGAGUGGGUGGAAAGCAUGCAGGAGAGGGGGAAGUGGGGCUGGAGUGGGUGGAAAGCAUGCAGGAGAGGGAGAAGGGGGGCUGGAGUGGGUGGAAAGCAUGCAGGAGAGGGGGAAGUGGGGCUGGAGUGGGUGGAAAGCAUGCAGGAGAGGGGGAAGUGGGGCUGGAGUGGGUGGAGAGCAUGCAGGAGAGGGGGAAGGGGGGCUGGAGUGGGUGGAAAGCAUGCAGGAGAGGGGGAAGGGGGGCUGGAGUGGGUGGAAAGCAUGCAGGAGAGGGGGAAGUGGGGCUGGAGUGGGUGGAAAGCAUGCAGGAGAGGGGGAAGGGGGGCUGGAGUGGGUGGAAAGCAUGCAGGAGAGGGGGAAGGGGGGCUGGAGUGGGUGGAAAGCAUGCAGGAGAGGGGGAAGUGGGGCUGGAGUGGGUGGAGAGCAUGCAGGAGAGGGGGAAGGGGGGCUGGAGUGGGUGGAAAUCAUGCAGGAGAGGGGGAAUGGGGGCUGGAGUGGGUGGAAAGCAUGCAGGAGAGGGGGAAUGGGGGCUAAGGUGGGUGGAAAGCAUGCAGGAGAGGGGGAAGGGGGGCUGGAGUGGGUGGAAAGCAUGCAGGAGAGGGGGAAGUGGGGCUGGAGUGGGUGGAAAGCAUGCAGGAGAGGGGGAGGGGGGGCUGGAGUGGGUGGAAAGCAUGCAGGAGAGGGGGAAGUGGGGCUGGAGUGGGUGGAAAGCAUGCAGGAGAGGGGGAAUGGGGGCUGGAGUGGGUGGAAAGCAUGCAGGAGAGGGGGAAGGGGGGCUAAAGUGGGUGGAAAGCAUGCAGGAGAGGGGGAAGGGGGGCUGGAGUGGGUGGAGAGCAUGCAGGAGAGGGGGAAGUGCGGCUGGAGUGAGUGGAAAGCAUGCAGGAGAGGGGGAAGGGGGGCUGGAGUGGGUGGAAAGCAUGCAGGAGAGGGGGAAGGGGGGCUGGAGUGGGUGGAAAGCAUGCAGGAGAGGGGGAAGGGGGGCUGGAGUGGGUGGAAAGCAUGCAGGAGAGGGGGAAGUGGGGCUGGAGUGGGUGGAAAGCAUGCAGGAGAGGGAGAAGGGGGGCUGGAGUGGGUGGAAAGCAUGCAGGAGAGGGGGAAGGGGGGCUGGAGUUGGUGGAAAGCAUGCAGGAGAGGGGGAAGUGGGGCUGGAGUGGGUGGAGAGCAUGCAGGAGAGGGGGAAGGGGGGCUGGAGUGGGUGGAAAGCAUGCAGGAGAGGGGGAAUGGGGGCUGGAGUGGGUGGAAAGCAUGCAGGAGAGGGGGAAUGGGGGCUAAGGUGGGUGGAAAGCUUGCAGGAGAGGGGGAAGGGGGGCUGGAGUGGGUGGAAAGCAUGCAGGAGAGGGGGAAGUGGGGCUGGAGUGGGUGGAAAGCAUGCAGGAGAGGGGGAGGGGGGGCUGGAGUGGGUGGAAAGCAUGCAGGAGAGGGGGAAGUGGGGCUGGAGUGGGUGGAAAGCAUGCAGGAGAGGGGGAAUGGGGGCUGGAGUGGGUGGAAAGCAUGCAGGAGAGGGGGAAGGGGGGCUAAAGUGGGUGGAAAGCAUGCAGGAGAGGGGGAAGGGGGGCUGGAGUGGGUGGAAAGCAUGCAGGAGAGGGGGAAUGGGGGCUAAGGUGGGUGGAAAGCAUGCAGGAGAGGGGGAAGGGGGGCUGGAGUGGGUGGAAAGCAUGCAGGAGAGGGGGAAGUGGGGCUGGAGUGGGUGGAAAGCAUGCAGGAGAGGGGUAGGGGGGGCUGGAGUGGGUGGAAAGCAUGCAGGAGAGGGGGAAGUGGGGCUGGAGUGGGUGGAAAGCAUGCAGGAGAGGGGGAAUGGGGGCUGGAGUGGGUGGAAAGCAUGCAGGAGAGGGGGAAGGGGGGCUAAAGUGGGUGGAAAGCAUGCAGGAGAGGGGGAAGGGGGGCUGGAGUGGGUGGAGAGCAUGCAGGAGAGGGGGAAGUGCGGCUGGAGUGAGUGGAAAGCAUGCAGGAGAGGGGGAAGGGGGGCUGGAGUGGGUGGAAAGCAUGCAGGAGAGGGUGAAGGGGGGCUGGAGUGGGUGGAAAGCAUGCAGGAGAGGGGGAAGGGGGGCUGGAGUGGGUGGAAAGCAUGCAGGAGAGGGGGAAGUGGGGCUGGAGUGGGUGGAAAGCAUGCAGGAGAGGGAGAAGGGGGGCUGGAGUGGGUGGAAAGCAUGCAGGAGAGGGGGAAGGGGGGCUGGAGUUGGUGGAAAGCAUGCAGGAGAGGGGGAAGUGGGGCUGGAGUGGGUGGAGAGCAUGCAGGAGAGGGGGAAGGGGGGCUGGAGUGGGUGGAAAGCAUGCAGGAGAGGGGGAAUGGGGGCUGGAGUGGGUGGAAAGCAUGCAGGAGAGGGGGAAUGGGGGCUAAGGUGGGUGGAAAGCUUGCAGGAGAGGGGGAAUGGGGGCUGGAGUGGGUGGAAAGCAUGCAGGAGAGGGGGAAGUGGGGCUGGAGUGGGUGGAAAGCAUGCAGGAGAGGGGGAGGGGGGGCUGGAGUGGGUGGAAAGCAUGCAGGAGAGGGGGAAGUGGGGCUGGAGUGGGUGGAAAGCAUGCAGGAGAGGGGGAAUGGGGGCUGGAGUGGGUGGAAAGCAUGCAGGAGAGGGGGAAGGGGGGCUAAAGUGGGUGGAAAGCAUGCAGGAGAGGGGGAAGGGGGGCUGGAGUGGGUGGAAAGCAUGCAGGAGAGGGGGAAGUGCGGCUGGAGUGAGUGGAAAGCAUGCAGGAGAGGGGGAAGGGGGGCUGGAGUGGGUGGAAAGCAUGCAGGAGAGGGGGAAGGGGGGCUGGAGUGGGUGGAAAGCAUGCAGGAGAGGGGGAAGUGGGGCUGGAGUGGGUGGAAAGCAUGCAGGAGAGGGGGAAUGGGGGCUGGAGUGGGUGGAAAGCAUGCAGGAGAGGGGGAAUGA